AUGUCGGCUGUACGCGCCCUUGGCGUUGAGGGCAGACUCCUCGCCUACAUACGAGCCUUCCUCAGUGACAGGACAUCUGCUGUCCGUGUCGGCCAGGCCAUCAGCUCCCCCCGUCCUGUGACGUGCGGCGUGCCACAGGGGAGUGUCCUCAGCCCAUUCCUCUUUAACCUCGCGCUUGCGCCCAUCAGCGAGUGCGUGCGAAACAGUGGGCACCUUCCUGUGCGCGCCGUGAUUUACGCGGACGACGUGGCACUAUUCGUCCGUGGCCCUCCUUCGGCCAUGGCGGAGAUGCGUCGAAACCUCCAGGCGGCUGUUGAUGCGGUUGGCCAAUUCCUCCGUGCCAUUGGCCUCCGCCUGUCGGCGACCAAAUCGGAGGCCCUCAUGGUCCACCCCCGCGCCACCGCCCGCCUCCACACUGGCCGCAUAAUCAUCGAUGGCGUCUCCCUUCCAUGGCGACCCAUCGUCCGCUACCUGGGGCUCACUAUCGAUCACCGCCUGACCUGGUCCCCCGCUGUGAAGCGACUCCGUGCCGUUAUGCGCCGUGUCGAGGCCGCUGUGCGUGCUCUACUCGCGCGAGGUGAUGGCUGCCCCCCCUCCUUCGCGGCGGGUAUGUACAAUGCGGUUGCCCUCUCCUGUGUCUUGUACGCGCUGCCGCUAUGUGACCUGCGACCAUCUCAGUGGCGGCACAUCGAUAUCGACCAACGACGUGUCCUCCGAAUGUGCCAUGGCCUGCCCCGAACAUCCCGUGUUGCUGAGACCCUCGCAGAAACCGGCGCCUGGCCCGUCUCCCUCACAGCCGAUCUCCGCGCCCUCGGCCACAUCGAGCGCCUCUCUCGUGCCCCGGGUGCCGGCCCCAUCCUGUCCUGCCUGCGCGAACUCCCUAAAUCUCGCGUGGGGAAGCUCCUCGAGCUUUACGAUAGCAUUGUGGUUGACGCCCCUGCCACCCCUGCAGACUGGCCCCCACCAAACAAGCGAGUUCCUUUGCGCGUGUGCCUCGACUUGCCGGGCGUCCGCUCCAAGCACCGCACGCCUCACUGCGCCAUCGUUCAGGAGGCUGCUGCACGUAUCCAGGACGACCUGGUGGGGAGGGCUCACCUCUACACAGACGGUUCUGUUCGUCAGGACGGCUCCGCCGCCGCCGCCUGUGUAGUGCCCCACCUUGACAUCGCCAGACAGUGCCGCCUCUCUUAUCGCGCCUCCUCCACCACAGCUGAGCUUGUCGGGCUCCACCUGGCAGCCGACAUUCUUGAAGAGUUGCCAUUCCUAAACAGGGUGGCAAUUCUUAGCGACUCUAGGGCCGCUCUCCACCAGCUUCUCCUCGACGAGCGUGCCCCACUCCUGGCGCAACGAGUAGCCUGCAGACUCCACGCACUGCAGCAACAGGGGUGCGAUCUCUGUCUCCAGUGGAUACCUUCCCAUGUCGGUAUUGCCGGAAACGAGUCCGCAGACGACCUCGCGAAGCGCGCCCACGAGCCCGCCGUGCCUCUCUCGCUGCGCGUCAACUCGUUUGACACCGCGCGCCGAAAUAUCAGACGGGAACUUGCCCUGCGACACCCCGACAGCCGCGUCGCACAAGAGCGCCCGCCACGCCUUCUCCCGGAAUCCGGUUUGACGAGAAGAGAGCGCGCCUUUCUCCUCGCCCUCCGGACCGGUUCCGUCUGGCCUGCCGAGCGAAAACAUCGCCUCCGCGGAGCCCCCUCGCCUCUCUGCCAAGACUGCGGCGCUACAGAAACGCUGCAGCAUCUCCUCUGCGAGUGCCCUGCAUUCUUCACGGCGCGCGCCACCCUCGCCCGCAUUUACCGUGCGCACGGCCUCCCAUGUUCUUCACCACACGAAAUUCUGCACCCCUCGGGCUGCUCUUCAAGUCACCUGAAGCUGUACCGUGCCCUCCUGAGCUUCGUUGACGACACCGGGCUCACUGACCGUGUCUAA